AUGUACUCCGAAAACUUAUCCCAAUCCUCUAAUGCUGAUAAUAAUAAAGAUUCACAAAACUUAAUUUUCUCCAACAAACGUAAUCAUAUAAGUGAGGUAUGGAAUUAUUUUGAGAAAAUCGAAUGGGGAAAGGACAAAAAAAUUGCAAAAUGUAUAAUUGCAAAAUGUACACACAAUGCUUUUUCCUGUGGAAAGGAAGGUACAACAAGGCCACUCUGGCAUCAUUUGGAGAAUUCACAUUGGAUGGUUUAUGUUAAGACUGAAGAAUAUUAUAAAAAAAAGAAAAAAACACAAAUAGAAAUCAACUCCUCCACUACUAUUGAUAAUGAAAAAUUUCAUGAUAUGAUUGCCAUUUGGCUCAUCAAUUGUCAACGUCCAUUCCUCACAGCAGAAGAUCCUGAACUUAUUGAAAUAUUUAGAUAUUUGAAUCCCAAUGUCAAACCAGUGAAGGCUGAUGCAAUUAAGAAUACAAUUAUGAAACUUUACAAAGAGAACCUUUGGACCUCUCCCAAUAACAAGGCCUUUGUUUCCGCCACAGCUCAUUACAUUGAUGAUGACUGGGUCCUUCAUGAGACAGUUGUUGAUUUUGGUUUGAUGAAAGGGAAACAUGAAGGUGUAAAAAUUGCUAAUGGGUUUUUUGAUGUGUUGAAGGAUUAUGACAUUAUAUCAAAAUUUCAAGCUAUUACCUUGGACAACGCCUCUAAUAAUGAUACAUUUGUACGGGAAUUAGCAACAAAAUUAAGAGAAGAAACAGAGACUGAGUGGAACUGGGAGCAUAUUCGAUUCCGAUGUUUUGAUCAUGUUCUUAAUUUGGCAGUACAGGCAGCUUUGGAAAAGGAACUCAACUCUGCUAUUCGUACCUCACCUCAACGGGUUGAACUUCUUGAAAAUGCUUGCAAUGCAUGCAAAAUUAAAGUUCUCAAGCCUAUCCUUGAUUGCACUACACGUUGGAACUCUACACAUGAUAUGAUUAGGAAUGGUCUUUAUCUUAAACCAGCACUCAACACCCUCACUAGCAUUCAUGAUGACCUUCAUCAGUAUGCCAUCUCUCAUACACAGUGGGCUACUCUUGAAAAAAUUGUUGAAUUCCUUGAACCAUUCAAAGACCUUACGUUAAAGAUGUCAACUAGCUCAUAUAGUACAGCCUACCUUAUCAUCCCUCUCUUCAAUAUUAUUAUUGAUCAUGUUGAAGAUACAGCAGAUUUAAGUGAAGGUGAAGUGACUGGGAAAAUUCAGAUAGCAGCUAAAGCAGCAAGAGAUAAGUUAAAAGGAUUUCUAGAUGAUGAUAUCAGUGAAACAAAAAUGCUGAUGCGACAUCUCCUUGAAAUACAUUAUACAUCAACAUCCAUAUCUAUCACAAAUUCAUCAUCAAUUAAUGAUAGUAAUAGUAACACCAAUAGGACAGUCACACAAUCAAUGCUAGAUGCAGACUUUGAUGAAGAUGAAAAUGAUGUAGAUGAACUUGAAUGUUAUAUUUCUGAGAAACCAGCAAAUAAGGAUACAGAUGUAUUGGCAUGGUGGAAGGCCCAUCAGAAACAGUUUCCUCAUCUUGCUUGUAUAGCCCGUGACUAUCUUUCAAUUCCUGCAACCUCCACUUCCUCUGAACGCCUCUUUUCUUCAAGUAAAAAUAUGAUCACAGAUAAAAGAUGUAAGUUGGCACCAAAGACUGUAAGAGCAGGACAAUGUCUUAAAUCAUGGAUGCAGGGGCCUUUGAAGGAGAAGUUGGGAAUUUAUUCAAGCAAAUAA